GCACCACCAAACGGUUUGCACCGCACGGCAGGCAGCGGCGGCGUGUGGCGGGCAUGGACCGUGCCGAGCCCCGGCAACGUCGUCGUCCGUCGGCGCGUGGGUGGGGUGGGAAUCGGGGGGAGAAAAGGCGACGGACGAGGCCACACCGAAAGCGCAGCUGCGAAGCUGGUCUCCGCUGUUACGUCUCGGCUCGGCUCUCUCCCUCACCAUCUUCCUCUAGUCCAAAGACUCCAAAGACUCCAAAGCCCCCCACCCCACCGGCCACCACCAUCCCGUCCCCCCACUCCUUCCGUUCGCAUACGCGGGAACGCGCGCCGCCGGCGGGGCGGGGAGGGGAGGCCGAUGCACCCGAAGCUGUCGCGGGCCGCCCGCAGGCUCCUCUGCUGCGGCGGGCCCGCCUCCGGGGAGGACCUGUCUGACGAAGGGACAGGAUCGUUAAGGUGGGUGUUCUCAUUGAGGGAGCUUCGAUCGGCAACAAACAGCUUCAAUUACGAUAACAAGAUUGGAGAAGGGCCAUUUGGGAGUGUGUUUUGGGGACAAGUUUGGGAUGGCUCUCAGAUUGCUGUCAAGAGGUUAAAGAAUUCAAAGAAUGGCACAGAAGUGGAAUUCGCUUCAGAAGUCGAGAUCUUGGGAAGAAUAAGACAAAAAAACCUCCUGAGUUUCCGUGGAUAUUGUGCGGAUGGACCUGAACGCAUUCUGGUGUAUGACUAUAUGGCAAACUCAAGUCUCUAUGCACAUCUUCAUGGACCACUUUCUGCGGAGUGUCUCCUUGACUGGCGCAGGAGAACAUCUAUUGCCAUUGGUGCUGCUCGGGCUCUCUUGUAUCUUCAUCACCAUGCAACACCUCAGAUAAUCCAUGGGAGCAUCAAGGCCACCAAUGUGUUACUGGAUUCAGACUUCCAGGCUCAUGUUGGUGAUUUCGGUCUGAUAAAGCUUAUUCCUGAUGGAAUAGACCAUGAAAAGAUAACCAGUGAAAAUCAACGAGGCUAUCUUGCUCCUGAGUACAUUAUGUUUGGCAAACCAACAGCAGGUUGUGAUGUAUACAGCUUUGGAAUAAUAUUAUUGGAGCUUGCGAGCGGCAAAAGGCCAAUAGAAAAGUCGGGCUCUGUCAAGACAUAUGGUAUUCGAAACUGGGUGCUCCCGUUGGCGAAGGAGGGUAGAUACGAUGAAAUCGCGGACUCAAAGCUCAGUGACAAGUUUUCAGAAUCUGAGCUGAAAAGAAUGGUGUUGGUUGGGCUUGCAUGCACACAUUCAGAACCCGAAAAGAGACCGACAAUGCUUGAAGUUGUGCCGUUGCUGAAAGGCGAAUCGAAAGAGACGCUUCUGAAGCUCGAAAGAGAUGAGCUGUUUAGGCCAGACUCGACCGUGAGUUCCCAGGGAACAUCGACUCCAGAGGAGGGGAGCACAGACUCUGCACCAAGGAAAAAUCAAGAACUGGGUGGGCCGUGAAUUGUGACAGAUUGCUGCCGUAGGCAGGUUAGAGUGCAUAUUUCUGGUAUUGAUGAUUGGUUUGUGUGGUUUUACAUGGAUGGAAAUUGUACAGCAUUGUUAAUUGUGAGUUGUUCUUUUUUCCUUUUCCCCCUUAUCCUGCUGAGAGAGAGUAAGAAAGAGUGAGGGCGUUGCAGAAUGGAGAUAGGUUGUUAUGCGAAGUGCUUUUUGCAUGCACCGCAUAGAAAGAUGCAUAUGUUUCCCAAAUGUUUGUAUACUUUUCUGGUCAUGUUGCCGGCAUAUUAACUCUCAUUAAUCUGCAUUCACAUCAAUAGACAGAGAGACGAUUGAAUCA